UGGUGCAACUUCGUAAGGAAUUGCCAACUGGAACUUUUUGGAGUUGGGCUAGCAUUUUGAAACAACGCCUAUUUGGAGUUCUAGUUGAAAAUCUUGGUCACUUUGGAUACGUGCACUGUUGGUGUGAUCUUGAGUGACUCCGCCUCUUCCUUUUAUGGGAUUGAGUUUUGUUCUUGCUUGCAUCAUCAUAAGUGUUCUCUGCCAGUGGGAUUAACAUUAACAUGUGGCAGUAACGAGAGCGGCAGAUUCUUCAUCUUGAAAAUAUUCUGGUACCUUCGUCUUUUUGAGAGGAUAUCUGGGCCAUACAUUUUCAGGAACCAUUCCUGGAAUAUCACUCGAUGAUCUCAAAGCCUUUUGAAUCCGAACCACCUGUCUGUCUUUGAACUAAUCCAGAAAAGGCCAAUUUCUAAAUUUUUCUGCUUUGAAAGCCAACUGCCAGAAGCAAAGAUGUUGAACCAGGGGGCUGUGAUGAUCUUCACGGGAAUCUGUGGGGCAUUAGUGAUCAUGGCGGUGGCCUACUAUGCCUACUGGUCGGUGGUACUAAGUGAAGGGCCGUGUAAAAGAGGGUUGUAGAGAAGAGUCCACCGUGCAGUGCGUGAGUGCGCGCGCGCUCGAGUGUGUGUGUGUGUGUCUGUCUGUCUGUGUGCGGAAGGUGCUCUUAGUCAUGGGUGUGGUGGCGUGGCUUAAGAGUCUGUUCAUCCUGCAGCUCUUGAUUGGCUUUGUAUUUGUGGUGAGCGGCCUCAUUAUCAACUUCAUUCAACUGUGCACGUGUGUGCUGUGGCCCAUCAACAAACAGCUCUACCGCAAGAUCAACACCAGACUUGCCUACUCUCUAUGGAGCCAGUUAGUGAUGUUAUUGGAAUGGUGGUCUGGCACAGACUGCAUGCUGUACACCGAUCAGGCCACGGUGGAUAAGUUUGGUAAAGAGCAUGUCAUCAUCAUCCUCAAUCACAACUAUGAGAUUGACUUCCUGUGUGGCUGGACCAUGUGUGAGAGAUUCGGCGUGUUGGGGAGCUCCAAGGUCCUGGCUAAACAUGAACUGCUGAAAGUGCCUCUGGUGGGCUGGACGUGGUACUUCCUGGAAAUCGUCUUCUGCAAGAGGAGGUGGGAGGAGGACAAGGAAACUGUCUUCAGCGGGCUAAACCGUCUCAAGGAUUACCCAGAAUACAUGUGGUUCCUGCUGUACUGUGAAGGAACAAGGUUUACAGAACAGAAGCAUCAGAUAAGCAUGCAGGUUGCUGAGAGUAAAGGCCUUCCCAAACUAAAGUACCACCUGCUGCCCCGCACCAAAGGAUUCACCACUACACUGCAAUGCCUGAAGGGAACAGUAAAAGCUGUGUACGAUGUCACACUGAACUUCAAAGACAAGCAGAACCCCACCCUGCUGGGCAUCGUUAGUGGGAAGACAUACAAAGCAGAUAUGAGCAUCAGGCGCUUCCCUGUUGAAGAGAUUCCUGAUGAUGAAAAGGAGUGUGCUGAUUGGUUACACAAGCUCUACCAGGAGAAGGAUGCACUGCAAGAGUAUUAUCAGAAGGAGGGAUGUUUCCCCGGUCCCACCAUUAAACCCAAACGUCGAGUUUGGACACUACUGAAUUUUUUGUUCUGGGCUACAGUCCUGCUCUCUCCACUUAUUAACUUUGCCUGGGAUGUUUUUGUCAGUGGCUCUCCCCUACUCAUCAUUGGCUUCAUGAUCUUCCUCAUUGUCGCUUCUGUAGCAGUCCGCCGGCUCAUUGGAGUAACUGAAGUAAAGAAGACAGGAUCAAGCUAUGGCAAUACAGAGGCUAAGAAAGACAACUAAAAGUUUUCACUGUGUCGACACCAUGUGGCCACUGUAACACUCACCCUGCAGUCAAGCCUCAGGCACUGAGCUGCUCUGUGUGCAGUUAUUUUUACAAAAAAAUAUGUAAUAAAAAAUAUAUGAAAAUUUUAAAUCUCUUCAAUGCAACAUUGAGGGGGUAUAUAGGGAUAUAACUAUAGAUAUAACUUGAUAUGCUAGUGUAUAAACAUUAUGAUCAUUUGGGAAAAGCUGGGAAAUCACAUGGGAAAUGGAGAAGAAAAUGAAAUGCUCAUCAACUGCAGAUCUGUGUCAACAUACUCGUCUCCCCGGGCAAAAGAAAAAGAUGACCUAAAGAGUGACCAAUCACUGAUACUAAUCACCCUGUCAGUGACACUUUCCAUUCUGUUUAACUCCGCCCCUUCAUUGCAUAAGACUCCGCCCAUCAAUGGUCCUUCAUUUUCCCAAACAAACCACCACCUAGUGGAGAACGCCCACUUAGUGUACUAGAGAUUGUUGUUCUGUACUAAUAUUUAUCUUCUACCGAAGGGGACACAUUUCAUAUAGUCUGUCCUUUGCAACAUUUCCAUGUCUCCACCUAAAAUACCUCCAUAUCACUAGCCAUUUCUUUGGACUUUGUUUGAAGCACGCAAUGCUCCUACUGUCAUGUUCACAUACUGUCAGAUCUUCACUCAGAGCCUAAAGCCACAUUGAGUUGCUCGGACUGAUUUUCUACAAUCAGAAUUUCACGUCACAGGACAAACGAACAUGCUGCGGAUGAGGAGACCUUCUUAGCCAGGCUGGCCAUUUAGAGAUGAGGUGGUCACACAAUGGCCCCUUACAAAAAAAAUUACUGCUGUGGACCUUUAACGGAUCUCUUGCUGCUGGCAGGACAUUGAUGGAAACUUGUAUCUUGUGACUAAUAUCACAACUGAAAUGUAUAGAAAUGGGUUGAGCAGGAUUUCUAAGGAAAAGCAUGUCUUUUAAUCGGUCAUCUUUGAUAACUUCUGUAACUACUCCCCUUUUUUCAAAACUAUUCUCACUAUGGGUUCUUGACUCCCUUUGCCUCCAUUGAAUUAUUGGAUAUCGGAUAUAUUGAAUGAGGGAGACGACGCUUUACCAAUGUACUCUGACUCUUUAAUUUUAGAGUCCCCAAUGUUGUCUACCCAAUUAAAGGCCCAUUGACCAUGAUUUAUACACCUACCCUCUCUAUCCAUGUAUAGCUUAUGAAAUAUAUGGCUAAAGAGUGAGGUAUUGAGAAAGUAGCUGAAUUACCAAGAAAAAAAAAACGAUAAAUCAUGUCAAUAACUAAUCAUGUAAAUAAACUCUAGAGCUUUCUUUUUGA